AUGAACGACUUAAUUUCUAGCAAUAACGUGGUAGACGGUGACAUAUCAAUUGCCAUGAUGCGAGGUACCUUUUUCACAUUGCUCACCGCGGCGUUAGCCAGUACUGCAGUGGCUAGUCCUACAGUACCGCGACAAGCUUCUAAUUAUGUCGGCUACCUCGUUUCGACCUUUUCUGAUGCCAAUCCGAGGAUUCAAUUCCAUCUUUCAGACGGGAACAGUGCAUCAAGCUUCAAAUUUCUGAAUAAGGGGCAGCCUGUACUGGCUUCGACGGUUGGAACAAAAGCUGUGCGAGACAUAUUCCUGACGACGAACUCUGCUAGGUCUGAAUGGUAUCUACUUGCUACCGAUCUUGAUGUAACGGCUUCGGGAUUCUCAUGGGACAAAGCUACCAGACAGGGAAGCCGCGGAAUUGUCGUUUGGAAGUCAUCCAAUCUAGUGGAUUGGUCCCAAUCGUCGCUCCGAACCGUUGAAAAGGAUACUGCGGGGAUGGUCUGGGCGCCAUCGGCAGUAUGGGAUGAUGAAACUUCUCAAUACUACCUGUUCUGGGCUUCGCGACACUAUUCCUCAUCGGAUACGAAUCAUACGGGGACGGCAACACUCGAUAAGAUCCGAUACGCAACCACGAAGGACUUUGCGACGUUUAGUGAACCACGCGACUACCUAGCUCCCGCGAACACACCCUUGAUAGAUCAAGAAUUCCAGUAUCUCGGAACACCGGGAUCGUUCGCUCGGUUCUUCAAGAAUGAGACGAACAGUAAAGUAUACCAAGAGAUAACUUCCGACGGGCUUUUCGGCACUUGGACCCAACUUGGACCUGUCACGUCAGCCAGCGGACUUGAAGGACCGGCAUCGUUCGCCGACAAUGUGAGGCCCGGAGUCUACCAUCUGCUACUUGAUGACUAUACCCAGUAUAUUCCGUUCGAGACAUCUGACAUCAAGUCGGCAAGCUGGGAAAAGUCGAGCACGUCUGGGUUCCCUACAGGGUUGAAACAUGGCUCUGUAACACCGUUAACACAAAAGGAAUACGAUGCUUUGGCAGCGGCGUAUCCAGCGUAA